GAAAGAAGAAGCAGCACAGCCAGCCUCUAGGAAGCGUGUACCAUAACAACGUGGUUUUAUUUAAAUUGCCGGUGUAUGUGUGCGCGUUUCUAAAGCUUCUCUGUAACGUUACUCACAAUGAAGCACACGGACGAAAAGCAGCAGUAUCCCUCCCUCUAUUUAGGAGUCUGUUCCCUAAAUGAGGAGCCGCGUCUUCCGCUGCAUAGCUCCAUCGCCCUUUUUCUCCUGUCGUACUGCGAGUGCAAGUCUUUCAAAGUUUUUCUGGUCUCCGCCAAACCUGGCAGCACCCAGUCACUGAGGAGUCAGCUACCGGAGUCUCUUAAUGUGUCUGACAUUCAGCAGGAGGAUGUGCCCCAGUUGGUGAAAGGCUGCCGUCUCCCUGCUGUUUUGGAUGAGACUGGACGGCUUUGCAGGGCUGGAUUGGCAGUGGUCCUGAGGCACAUCAUCAACAAGACCUUAGAGGCCGACUCUUCUAGGAAUGAUGUGCUGGCACUGCUGGGCUUCAAGAAGACAUGUCUGAAGGCCUGUGCUGAGGUGAGUAAGUGGACCAGACUGUGUGAAAUUGGCAUCCCCUCUGCUGUAGAAGAACACCUCCAAAAUCCCACAAAUCAAUAUCAGCAGCUGCCUCUCUCCAUCCUCACCCUAGAGCAAAGGCUAGCAGAGCCUGUCAAAGUCCACAAUGAUGACAAAAUACGUAGGCAGAAACUCCAAGAGCAGAGGCAGAAUGAAAAGAAUGAGUCUCCUGAACGCCAAAGGGAUGUGAACGCUCAGUCCAAAACUGGACGAUCUUCUCAGGUCUGUGACGGACUUGAGCUCAGGGCUGCUUUGGCCAAGCUGUCUGUGGCUUCAGUUCCAGCUUUGACCACUAGAGAGAACUCUGAGAUCAGGAAAGUGAAGACCACAGAUCUCCCUCCACUGGAGCACGUGUUUGCUGAAGGACUGUACUUCACUCUGACUGACGUGGUGCUUCUGCCAUGCAUCUAUCAGUACCUGUGUUCCCUCCAAGCCCAUUCUGCGAGCACUCUACAUAGGCUCCCCCACCUUCUGCGUUGGUACAGCCGUGUUCAGGAGGUACCUGGCGUCAUUUGGGCAGCCAAGGCUUGUGGGAUGGUUCUUUCCGUCCUUCAGGUUCCCACGUCCAGACUCCCAGGGCCUUUAGCAGAAGACAACCCAACUAGCCUAAAGGAGCAGGAAGAAAUCCAGGAGAUGACCACACAGCUGCCUUUUGUUGGUGGCCCCAGGCCGACAAUGACUAAACUUAAAGAAAAUGGCAUCGAGGCAGUCUUCGCUCCUCAUCCUUGCCCUGCCUGGACCCUCCCGUGGGACAGUUUACCAGGAGCUAUCAACCCCACUGAAGGGAAAAUGUCAAAUAUCCGUGCAGUCAGGAAGAGGCAACAGCUGAAUAACUUGGUUGCCAUGGUUACAGAGCUAGCCAGGCCGGGAUACACCGUUGUGGAUUUCUGCAGUGGAACGGGACAUGUGGGGAUUGCUCUGGCUCACACUCUUCCAGAUUGCCAGAUCAUCCUCAUUGAGAACAAAGAAGAGUCCUUGGUCAGGGCCCAGAGUCGCAGUGCAGAGCUCGGUCUGAAAAACAUUGGCUUCAUUCAGGCCAAUUUGGAUUACUUCACCGGACCCUUUCACAUUGGGGUGGCCCUCCAUGCAUGUGGUGUUGCAACAGACAUGGUGAUGGAGCAUUGCAUCCAGGCAGGAGCUGCCUUUGUCAUCAGCCCCUGUUGCUACGGCUUCAUCCAGAACGCUGUCAAGUUCACCUUCCCCAAGAGCAAAAAGUUCCAAGAAACUCUGACUUAUAAGGAACACAUGAUCCUCUGCCGCUUUGCAGACCAAACUGCUGUCCAGCUCCCUCCUGAGAGACGACUCAUAGGUAAACAGUGUAUGGGCCUGGUAGACUUGGACCGGUCGUGGGCAGCAGAGACACAUGGGUACUUGGUACGGGUGAUGACUAUGGAGCCUGAAAGCUGUUCACCAAAGAACAACAUGCUGGUGGGAAGGCCGCCACAGAAGAGUGGACUGGAAGUCAGUCCUAGCCAACUGGAAGCACCGGUGCAUAAUUAGGACUGCAAGCACUGGUAUACAGCAGAGCAUCUUCAGCAUGGUCAGGGUUUUGAUAAAGUGCCCACUCUGUGCCUCCUGGCUGUGUCAUGACGGUGCUGAGAAUACAACUAUUUUUUAUCCGCCCUCAACAUUUUCUUUUUAUUUAUUUUUUACAAGGCCUUUUGUGAGGAAUGGCCUCAGAAAAAAAAAAAAAGAUGUUUGCUUAUUAUUUCUGUACUAACAAAAGUCAUCUUCUGAAAUUUCUUUCAGCCUUCAGGUGAAAGCAACGCUGCCAUGAUUUUUCACUUGAUAAACACAUUCAAGAGAGCUCUCUGAGAAAUACCCCUCUUCUUAGUUACAUGUGCUCAAUUAUUGGGCGCUUAGUUGUAGUAAAAGAGCUCAAGCCUCUAACCAACUGCUACGUUAUGUUUGUGACUUUGCCUCAACUGUGUGAUCGGGCUGUCAGCGUAAACAGUAGCAGCAGGAAUUACACACCCACACUGCGAAUUAAAUUCACCAUACUUCCACAUGCUGUUUUUGCAAAUAGUUUGUAUAUGGCCUUAUGUGUUAGAACUCAGCAGUCAGCUCUCUCUGUUGCCAGGUAUUAAUGGGAGAAAGAGGAAUUCAGUGCUAGAAACUCAUCUACACGUAAAGAUGAGAUGGGGAAUAUCAUUGUCUACCUUUCUUCUGUGUGUGUGUUUGUGAGAGAGUUAGAGUGAGGGGGGGACACAGAAAGAGAGAAACUGGAUUUAAACUCAUAUCACAUCAGGUAAAAUAUGGCAUUUGUCAAGGUUCUACAGAGAAAAUGAUUACUCCUCAUAAAGAAUGGAUGCGAGUAUGGUAUGCAUUCCGUAAUACGUUCAGCACCAAUGAAUAUUUUAUGAUGCUGGCGAAAAGGUCAGUGUGCUUGAUUAGAUGCGCGGUGUUCAGAGCCUAGUAGCUAAAAAUCACACAAUACGCUUUGUGUUUCCAAUCCUGUGCAGCGUAGACACACUAUAUGGCCCCUUAAGCUUUCAUCCACGCAGGUGAAACUGGUCAUCUGUUUCUCUGAAAAAUCCUGUGUUGUCACCUUUGACAGUGUGUUGCAGCUGCUUGAGAAAUCUGAGGAGGUAGCUGGAGAGCCAGUUUUCCUGCUCACACUGAAGGGACAGACGAAAGAAGAGGUGCAGGCUUUUCCAGUGUCGAACUCAUCUGAAUUCAGUCAGCAGAGUCAAUCUAUCCCGAGGUGAAUGGCCACAGACACAGCUCCUUCCAAGGACUGGAAUUAUUUCAAAAGGAGACAUCUGACUCUCUGUUCAUGCUUGUGCCUCUGCACAAGUGUAUAUUACAGAAAUGCAUAUAGGGCUGAAGGAGCGGAGAGAGAGUAGGUGGCACUACUUAAAGCUUGCAUGAGGUGUGAAGUGGGUCGAUUCAACCCAAACACCCGGGGCUAGAAGGUGACUUGACAAGAUUCUUUGUUUAGACAAAAUGAGCAGGACAUCUGAGCUUUUUUUUAUGUACCUGCACAGCAUUUCUUCACUAAUGAUCAGCUUCAAGAAUGAUGUCAGUGAUACACUGAGCUGCAUGUAUUUCAGUUGUUCAGUAAUUAACUGAUUGGCCUCCAAAGUUAAAAGAGCAGUUAACACCAUGUGAGCUGAGACAAAUGAUUUUUGAAGUCACUUAAUCAGUGAUUACUUUUAAUGUAAAUGCCGGUGAUAAAUUUUAAAUAAUCUUAUCUUAACACUUUAAUCUACAGUGUUUUCUUUUAAACUCAGUGGACACUUCUCUCUCCCCCGUUUGUGAACCUAAACCAGGAAAUUAUGGCGCUUUCAUUGGUUUAUUAACUUCAGUUAUUACUUGUGAUUAAAAUUCUGCUCGUCUUAGUGUUUUGGCCAACAGUUUUCCUUUUCAUUACACUGGCGCUGUUUAUGGCCAUUUGUCUGCAACAGCUCAUUGCUGUGUGUUUGGGGUCCCUCCCUAGUGAUAUGAAUUUUCCCUUAUGACAAUCACUGACAAUCAGUUUAUGUGUUCUGAGUUACUAAAACGGGAACUGACAUAAAGUACAAGCCGAGACGAAAUGACUCUGCUGCCCUUUUCCAUUAUCUCAAAUAUCAUGCUUGCUCUUUUCUAAUUUCCAUUUAACAUGCACAGUCAGCAAUAAAAUGUGUUUCAUUUGACAUAUAUUUUUUUCAAAUAAACAAUGUUGAGCAUAAUUAUAGGAGCCCAGAAUAACAACAAUUAUUAUGCACACGAUUCCUCUUUUGGUUGCCUGCAGCAGGUCCCAGCUGCUGUUGUUUUGCACAACCUAAUAAUGUUGUAAUCUGUUUCCUGAUGCUCCUCAUCCUACUUGUCACAUCAGAUGUCGCCUUUAUAUAACCCCAGUUUAGGAUUUUCCAGCUUCUAUUCUAUUUUUUUUAGUUUUUUGCAUUCAUUUUCUGCUUUUGUCUGUCGUAGCACAGUCUUUCUAGUUCAAAAUGUAAUGACUCAUUUUCCCCAGGGGGAUCAUUAAAGGGUAAGUUCA